CCCGCUGCCCGGCCGCCCCGCUGCGCAGGCGCGCCGUCGGGCGGGGGAGGGCGGCGCUCGGCGCUCGGGGUUCGGCGAGAGGAGAGGCGAGGCGAGGCGAGAGAGGGAGAGAGAGAGGAGCGGAGGGGAAGCAAAAGUUGCUGUGAGGGCGGGGCGGCGCUCGUAGUCGCCGCCGGGAGGGGGCGAGAGAGGAGCUGGCUGCGGGAACCGGCGGGGACGGGAGAUUCACUGGAAAGAGAAUGAAAUAAACAUGGAGUCUUCUAAACUGGAAUAUAUUUCAUGGGCCAUAGUUAAAAGUAAAAAGAAGAUGGAAUGAAAUGAGAGAACAGGAGUACAAUGCCUGUCAAGAACUUUCCAUUUUUGUGAUAUAUAUAAACUUGCGAUAUAGUACAACUAAUGAUUUAUAGUAAUCCUUCAUUGAUAUCUCUGGAAGGAGAAGCCAGUUAUUUUGCAGCUUGCUUCAUAAGAACUUUUAUAAGAACUUAAUAAUAACUUUUAACAUGUUUUAACUUUAACUGGACACCUUUUUGGUUUUUUGGGGGAGUUUUGUGUUUUCAUUUGGGGUUUUUUUGUGUGUUUUAAGUCUGAGAAUUAAAAACUUUGUAUAGGAGUAUUUUAGCUGAGAAACUGAUGCUGAUAGAUGGCUGAAGCUGCUCAUGGAAAAUGGACUUAAACCCUUGAAUGGUUACUAUUGCACAGAGUUGAAUGGAAUGCCAUGACUUCAGAGCCAUUCUCUUAGGACCUUCUUCUUUGCCUUGCACCCGUCAUAUCCUUAAAUAUUUAAGCGUAAACAUUGCAAUUAUAAAGUCUAAAAAAUAAUGGCAUGGGUGAAAUUCUUAAGAAAACCUGGGGGUAACCUUGGGAAAGUUUAUCAGCCUGGAAGCAUACUGUCCCUGGCCCCUACAAAAGGCUUAUUAAACGAACCAGGACAAAACAGCUGCUUUCUUAAUAGUGCUGUUCAGGUAUUAUGGCAACUUGACAUAUUUCGACGAAGCUUAAGAGGUUUAACUGGACAUGUGUGUCAGGGAGAUGCAUGUAUAUUUUGUGCUUUAAAAGCAAUAUUUUCACAAUUUCAACACAGUCGAGAAAAAGCACUCCCAUCAGAUAACAUGAGACAUGCCCUGGCAGAAAGUUUUAAGGAUGAACAGCGUUUCCAGCUUGGAUUCAUGGAUGAUGCAGCAGAAUGCUUUGAAAACAUCCUUGAGAGGAUUCAUUUCCACCUAGUGCCAAACAGUGAAACAGACAUGUGCACUUCAAAAUCCUGUAUUUCUCAUCAGAAGUUUGCUAUGACACUGUAUGAACAGUGUGUAUGUCGCAGUUGUGGAGCAUCGUCAGACCCAUUGCCUUUUACGGAAUUUGUGCGUUACAUUUCUACCACAGCCCUGUGCAAUGAAGUCGAAAGAAUGAUGGAGAGGCAUGAACGUCUCAAGCCGGAAAUGUUUGCAGAAUUGCUGCAAGCAGCAAAUACUAGUGAUGACUACAGAAAUUGUCCUAGUAACUGUGGCCAAAAAAUAAAAAUUCGUCGUGUUCUUAUGAAUUGUCCUGAGAUUGUCACAAUUGGUUUAGUCUGGGAUUCAGAACACUCUGACCUGACAGAAGAGGUUAUGCGGAAUCUGGCAACGCAACUUUAUCUUCCUGGGCUGUUUUAUAGGGUUACAGAUGAAAAUGCCAAAAACAGUGAACUUUUUCUUGUGGGAAUGAUUUGCUACACAAGCCGACAUUACUGUGCCUUUGCCUUUCACACCAAGAGUUGCAAAUGGGUGCUGUUUGAUGAUGCUAAUGUAAAAGAGAUUGGAACAAAAUGGAAAGAUGUGGUCUCCAGGUGCAUUCGAUGCCACUUUCAGCCAUUGUUGCUAUUUUAUGCUAACCCAGAUGGCACAGCUGUAUCUCCAGAAGAUGCUCCAAAGCAGAUUAUUCACUGGUCUCAGUGCAAAGCAGUGGGAGGAAAUCGGGAAGAUUUGGGAUUUGAAAAGCAUUCUGCUCCUAAAUCAGACCAUGUGAAAGAGAAUGGAAUUGGAGACCCCACUAAUCAAAGGAAUAAUAAAAAACUUCAGCCAGAUAAUUCAGCAUUCAGUAGAAGCCAUAUUCAAGCCAGUGGCGGUAGAGGUCCAGCUAAGUUGGGUUACAGUGAUCAAAAGGACAGGCUAAAGGAUAUAUCCAGAGAGUGUGCUCAGAAAGCUGCUGAUAUGAAAAACUUCUCAUCCUUACGAAAAGAUGCAGACAGAGGACUGAGAAAAGAGUCUGGGAGACAAAGAGAUUUGAUUGGGGAAGAUCGUUCCAAUGUUAAGUUGGGGUCUCCUCCAGUUGGAAAUGGACUUAGACACUGUGCUGAUCAGCGCAUCUACAGCAGCCAGGGAAGAGGCUCCUAUAAGCAUGACAGUGCACCUCACCAAGCAAAGCUUUCUGUACAGGUGCUUGGAUCCAAUAGAACAGAAUGUUUUCCCGCUGGGGAGAAACCAGUGAUCAGGACCCGGACUGAUGGUGUCACUGGCUAUGAUACAGACACCAGUCAAGACUCCAGGGACAAGGGCAGUAUCAGCAGCAGAAGCAGGAGUAAAGGCUGGAAACCUAUGCGAGAGACACUGAACGUAGACAGCAUUUUCAGUGAGACUGAGAAAAAACAGCAUAGCCCAAAGCACAAGGCAAAUCUGAGCAGUAAGUCUAAACAUGAAAAGGAGCGAAGCUUUAACCAUUGGUCAAAAGAGAACCAAAUCCAGAAAGGUUUAAUGACUAUAUAUGAAGAUGAAACGAAACAGGAUACAGGAAGUCGAAGCUCACUGGAUUCAGAGGGAAAAGGGAAUGCCGAAAAAAGCAAAGGAUUUACAGAGAGAAAAAUCCAUGGCGAUAACUGGCAAAUUCAGAGGACAGAAUCUGGAUAUGAAAGCAGUGAUCAUAUCAGCAACGGAUCUGCAAAUCCAGACUCACCUGUUAUUGAAGGAAUCAAUCCAGCAGAUGUCAAGAAUGUUAAAGAAAGUGCUUCCUGCAGUGAACAGAACUUGUCAACCAAAAAAGCUGACAAUGUGUCACAUUCAGUAUCUCAGCAGAACAGAAACUUUUACGACUUGAGGAAGGACCAGAUCAAUUCUGAAGUUAACUACAGACCUCAUGUUAAUUUCCCGACAGAAUUACAUAUGCAGAUGCCCAGUCCUCCAGUAAAGAGGGUUGAAAUGCCUGAGAGCAAUAGGAAACUUCUCCCAUCAUCAGCUCUUCAGCCAGUUCUUAAAGAUGUUGUUAAAUCAGAAAGUAGGAACAAGGCAAAUGACCAGAAUUCUUCAGAGUGGCUUAAUCCAGACAAGUUUGAGAAGAUGAACGUGUCAGUAUAUUGUGCUGAUGGUGUAUCGCACCCCUAUACAGAAACUGUCUGUGGAAGGAAGCUAAUCAACAGUGACUUUCGCUCCCCUUCCCAGCCGCAGUCUCAUCACGCAAGAACGUUUGGUCCCAAGGCGGGCUUGUCGCCUUGUGUGCCACAGAACCUGUCAGAAAGGCCCGUGGUGCUUCCCCCUCCCGGGGAGCAUCCUGCGCACCCACUCCGAAGGGCAGAUGCUCUUUGGGUGCCUGAAGCGGUGUACCAGAAUCUUCCUCCCCCCUUACCGCCGAAGAAAUAUGCUCUGAAUCCUUUGCCAGGAUCAGAAAAUAAUUCAUCAGCUGAUGUAAAAUCGACAGAAGUGUUGCAAAAUAACCAGUCAAGGCAAACAGGUGCACCUUUAAAAUCUGCAUCAGAAGCAAGUGUAUUUACAAAUGAACAAAGGCUUAAAGAGCCAUUUCAAGGGAACGAACUGUUUGUUCAUAAACCGGAUUCUCCACCUCGCUUAUCAGUUAAUGAUUUUUGGACUGUGUCUGAAAACUUUUUAAAGAAAGGAUCUCGUCAUACAGGACCAAGUGCUGGCUACGUGGAUGGAAAUGAUAGCGUAUCCCUAACGACUUAUUUUUCAGUAGAUAGUUGUAUGACGGACACAUACAGGAUGAAAUAUCAUCAGAGACCCAAGCUGUAUUUUACAGAUAGUGGAAAUUUUCACAAAGAAAAGCAUCUUCCAUCAGCCGGCGUAGAGCUGAAUGCUACAUACCAUGCUGCUCUUGAGCCCAGGCACCCUACAUCUGAGCAAAGGUACGAGGCAAACGUCGAAGGCAUACACUGCAGUAGAUAGAUGCUUUAAAAAACAACCCAAAACACACUCUGGAACUGAUUUUUGCAUUUCAUGUAGUCUGUAAGCGGGCACAAACCUUGAAUGUCUGUGUGAUAACUAGGUACCCAGCUGACUGUACUCUGCUUAGGAGUUAUGACUGUUUAAAUGAAUAUGCAAAUAGAGAUGAACAGAGCAGUAGAGGUGCUAAACUUCUGGUUCUUUGAUUUGUUACUCUAGUUGCCUUAAUGCUUACCUGUGUUACUCGGCUUGUCUUCUACAGUUUAUAUUAAAAAUGGUCCCUUUAGGUGUAUACAUCCUACAGCAGUGGGAUCAACUAGAUGUUACUAAUUUUGUAAGAGAAUUUAAUGAGUUGCAGUUUAAAAAGAGUUCCUUCAGACUGUGGUCGCUACGUACUUAGACUAACAAAAGGGAUAAACAUAUUGCCACAUAUAAUGCAGUAAAUGUAGUUAAAAUAGAGCAGUAUUUGUCCUGAUAGGUAGCAGGAGGUGGCAUGGUGUUUUUUUCAACCGACUUCUCUGAGAGUCUGUGCUUUCACAAACCUUCAAGUGUCUUUAAUACAAGUUUACCCAGAGAAUUUAUAACUUUUUAUUUUAAAAGCCUUAAUAAUAAUUCUUUAAAACCGGUUCUGGUUUGCAAGUGUUUAAGAUUUUCCAAGGGAAAUCAAGUAAACUGCAGUAAUAGACGGUCCUGUUAAUACACCUGCUCUGUGUACAUUUUAAAACGCAUUUAUCAGAUUUGUUCACCCUGUAAGCUAUAUACUUUUAACUUAUUAAAAUUAAACCACGUAAGCUACAGACUGAUAUAGCAGAAUAGGAUGUUGAUUUUAAAAUAGUUAUCGUGCAACUAUGAAAGAUUUUUUUAAGGUUUUAGAUGUAUUUACUAGUUCAGUUCCGAUUUAUUCUACAACUGCAUGCAAAGGCAAUGCUGCUAUUUAUUUAACUUCCUAUCUUUUUUCAGCUUGACAUUUUGAGCAAUGUCUAAAGGGGAUCAGACAUUUAAUUUUACAGAGAUUUUUUUCCUAUCCGGAGCAGUCCUACCCAUGGUUGCGUUCUGUAUUAGCAGAUCAGGCUGACUGAACCUGCAGCCAUUCAGGCUGCUGUGGUUGAGGGGGCAGGCAAAGAAGAGGGUCCCCUCCUUCUCUGCUCUAGCCACCUCACCCUGCAGUUUUGGCAGCUCUGGCAUAUACCAUGUCUUUUGUUAACCUGACUUAUUUCAGUAACGAAGAGGAGGAUUCAUUUGACUUUAAUUUGGUUAGUUAAAUCAGUGCACAGAACUGUCUAGUGAGUGCUGAGGCCCAGCACGUGGCUGGGGAGGAAAGGAGGGUGAACAGGAUUUUGUCCUCGUGGCAGCCCUGACUGAAAUAAUCUGCUCUCUUGUGGUAUCAGGGGCAGGGGCUUAGAGUUCUGUGUCAGUUGUAUCAUAACAUUGAACAAUGUAUAAUCUAGAAUUAAUGUCAGCAAAGCCUGACACAAUCCAAAAAGGCUCAAUUUUGCCAUAUUAGGGUGUUAACUUGGGGUGCUGCUGAUUAUGUCUAAACAUCAAUGCCUUUUAGUUAUGAAAAUAAUGCAAGAAGGUUAAAUAUGCGUAAUGAAAAGCCUUGCUCAUACUUGCACUGCUAGUCAGAAAGGCUUUUUUUAUGCUUGUAAACAUUAUGUGAGUUUUAGUAAUUCCACCAAAUGUUGGCAAUUGUUUAGCAUGAUUUAUCCAAGGUAUACAUGUAAACAGUAGGUUUGGUUAUUCUGUGUCAAGGCCCAUUUUUGUUGUUUUUUUUAACUACAUGUAACCUACAGUAGAACUGGAACAUGAUAUAUGCAACAAACCAGGUAUCUCAGACUUAAUCUUUCUACCUUCUUGAUCAAAAUUUGUUGUAGCACUUGAAAAAAAUGAAUUCUAGAAUUUGUAGUGCAAAUAAUUACGCAUGUUUAGGUAUGGCUGCUGGUAAAUAGCAACUUUAAAAAAUUACCCUUUUGUAAGAAAAUGAGUUGAAUACAGAAGAACCCUGAAAUUGUAAGAACUUAGAUUUCCAGUUGUAAUAUUUUUUGAGAUUUCAGAACAUGUAAAUUAAACUUUUGUAGUUCAUCUAGCAACGUUACAUAAUAUAGAUAGCCAGUUAAGUAUAACUGUCUUCUAAUUCUUGUGUAAAAACAAAGAUUAUUGGAAUAUGUAAAUAAUGUAAAAUUUGUAAAAUGUUUUGCAAAAAUCUUGUAUUUGAAAUGACAGUAUUUUUAUCUAUGAAUAGCACAGCAACUACUGUGAAUGAUGUUAGAACACUUAUUUUUAAACAUGCAUAGCAAUGUUCAUACUUCUGUACCAUAAGCAAUAUGAAUGCCUGUUGCUGAUACCAAUGAAUUUGGCUUCCACUAAGCACAACUGGUGAACUUAUUUUUAAAGUAACUGCAGUAACUUAGAUGUACUUCAGUCUCCUUGCUUUUGCUUGAAACAAUCUUACCAAGCCACUUUCUAUGUGACCCAUGUUUACCAGGUAUUUAAUUAAAUAGACAGCUAAUCGUGGCACCUUUGUUUUUAUAUUUGACUCUGCACUCCAUGUAUGUAUGUAAUAUUUGCUGACUAAUAUGUGAUAACUUGUUUUAACUUACCUAGGGUGCCUAUUUAUUUUUUUACAAAUGUCCCCUUCUGGCUAUAGAUUUGUAUAAGAGCCUAGACAAUUUUUGUAACAGUGAAGACAUUAACAAGUCUUGUAAUUAAUAUAUUUUUCAGUCUUUAGAAUUAUUUUCUUGCAAAGUUCUGCUUGUUCAAACUAUCAGAUAAAAAUUUUUAAAAUUUAAAA